CUGCAGAGCCCCGCCAUGGCCGCACCCCUCACGGUGCGUGCUGACGCCUCAGCGGAAGCCUUUGCACUGGGCGGAAGCGGUGGGUCGUGGCUGAGCAUGGCGGAGGGUGGCUCGGAGCCUGGGGAUGACGGUGACGGCCCCGGUCCCGGUCCCGGGCUGGCCCUGGUCGAGGGCAGCACCAGCCGCGCCAGUCGCGUCGGGGACCCCGGUGACCUAGUGGCCCUGGCCCAGCAGGUGCAGCAGGCCAAUGACUUUGUCCGAGCAAAUGCCUGCAGCAAACUGACAGUCAUCGCUGAGCAGAUCCGGCACCUGCAGGAGCAGGCGCGGAAGGUCUUAGAUGAAGCUAACAGGGAUGCUGAUCUGAACCACGUGGCCUGCAACCUUGUGAAGAAGCCAGGAAAUGUUUACUACAUGUACAGGCGGGAGAGUGGGCAGCGGUAUUUCUCUAUCCUGUCUCCUCAGGAAUGGCGUACCACUCCCCAUGAAUUUCUUGGUGCCUAUAAGCUCCAGCAUGACAUGUCCUGGACUCCAUUUGAGGACAUAGAGAGACGAGAUGCUGAAAUAACUGUCCUGGAGAAGCUGCUGAACCAGCAGGCAGCACUGCCCCUGUGCAUGGAGCCCAACUUCCAGGGCCUGACCAAGUCACACAAGUGACCACACAGGACCCCCUGAGCAGAGUCCCUGAGUGAGGGGACACAGUGCCUGUAUGCUGCCAAAGGCGAGGUGGAAAGAGACCAAGAAACAAAAAUGCUGAUUGUUUUUGUGCUUUAAGGAGACUAAUUCCGCAUUCAGUCUUACUGGAUUUUCUAGUAAUUGAAUAAUUUACUUUAAUGACCUAUGCCAAUCUGUAGCAAGAGGCAGGUGAUACCAAGAGGUGUGAUUUCCAAGAGUGCUUGGAGCAAAAAGCAGAAAUGCUUAGGGCAGAUGUGCUAAUGCUGUAAAAUAAUAUCUUCUAUCUGCCUGGCUCUGGUGAACCUCACUGUGAGUGUGUCAGGUAAUGAUCUCAGGGCUGGAUUUUCCCCCUUAUUGAAAUCCACAUGUUUAAAGAGAUGUGGCCUGGGAAGAGUAGUCAAAAGCCUGUGCAAAGGGUCUGUUGUGAUGAGUCUUCUGGUCUCUGUGCUAGCUAGUCUGAAUCCCUGAGCUGGGAACAUAGGGUGACCUGAAGCUCUUUUCUCUGGAAAGAGCAUCCUCAAAAGUGCCAUGCAGGCUUCAGAUGCUCUUCAGAUGAUGUGUGUUUCACAUCCUCAUGCAUUCCCCCUUGGAUGUGAGUGCAUGAGCUGCCAGGUAGAGGCAGGAUACUGGAUGACUUUAUGCAUCAGCAUUGGGGAGAGUAAAAUAAAUCAACCGUUAUCUCACAUGUACCACCAA